AUGCCGUCGGUGCGGUCAUUGCCAACUGCAAAUCUAUACCUCUCCACCAGUCCAAUCGCCACACAUGGCCAUCCGACUGUAGCCAGCCAUGCGUCUUCACAAAGCUCCGCAAUCCCUGCAAGUUUACCAGAGGAAAAUAAUCAAGAUAGCGCCGAGGUCGGAUUCUUCCUCCGUCAUUUCGCAGAGCACGGCGGGCAGUGGAUGGACAUCUGCACCGGUCAGCGAUCGUAUUUCAGUCAAUAUGUUGUCCAGCUCGCAAGCCAAAGCCCUAUCCUUCGGUAUUCUGCAUGCGCAUUUGCCGCAAAGCAAAUGGGGCAGAUGAAAGACUCCACCCGGGCCACUAAUAUAACGACUCGGUCGAGUAUGACAGCUUCGAUGCUUCUUCGGGCAAGUCUGGACUUUUUGUGGUAUGGGGCCAAAUAUUAUGAGAAGGCGAUUCUACUUAUGGCUCGCCAAAUCUCACACGACCGCUCCACUGUUCAAAAUCACCUCUCUCCUGGUGAAAUAUACCGAUCCCCUGGGAGUGAUUAUCACCACCUCGACUAUCACGAAAGCACGUCGUCGGCAUUUCGCAUAUUGGCGGCCUGCAUCUUGUGUUCCUAUGAGGACCUCAGCGGGACGAUGCGAGCAUGGACCGGCCAUUUGGACGGGAUCAAUAAACUAUUUCGUCCACACCUUGAUCUUCCCAUCUCCCCCGACAACUUCUACCGCAUCCCACAAUCCAUGAGGGCAUUGAAUGUGUCAUUUUGGUAUUUUGCCCUGAAUGACAUGCUCAACGGCUUUACCCUGAGUCAACCAUGCCGCAUCAACCCAGACGACCACCCCCUCUGGCGGAAAAUGGGCCUCCCUCUCAGCGAUUCCGGGCAAUUGAUGUCCGAAUACAUUGAAGAAGAACAACAAGAAUCAAUUUUUUUCAAAGCCCUCAUCCGCCUCCUCUGCAAACUUGUCAAUCUAGACAAGUUCAACAAUCCCCGCCAAUGGACCCUCGUGGACACAGAAUUCACACAAUGGCGCAACGCCCUCCCACCCGAAUUCUUCGCCCCAAUAACCCACAACCUCCCACCAACCCAACCUCCCACACAAGAACCACCCGCCGAGACAUGGCUCAGUUCCGAAACCUGCGCUGUAGCCAUGGCAUUCUACCACAUGGCCCGGAUCGUCCUGAUAAUCAACCAACCGCAAGAAAUAUUUAUCACUGCCCAAAAGAAACCCGGCGAUCUACUAAGUACAUACAAAGUCCUGCAUGAGAACCUAACGCACCACGCAAAUGAGAUCCUUCCAAUCGCGCACGGGAUGCCGAAUAUCACGGUCCAGAAGUACUUGGUGCAGCCACUCUAUGUUUCGGCGCGAUGCUUCUUGGGCUGGAACGAGAGGAUUACUGUUAUUGAAUUGCUUCGCAAUAUCCAAGCGUCUCUUGGCCUGGCUACUGAAUACCGGGUCAAGGAUUUGGCGGAGGAGUGGAAGAUUGACUAUGAGUCGAUCUCCUUGCCUGAACACGGUGUGAAUGUUGUACCAUAG